CAGACAAGGUAGCGUUGUUUUCUUCGUAAAUAUUCUUACCACGUGUGAACUCGUCACUGAUCAUCGUUCGUCAUUUCUGAGGUUUUUGUAGUGAGUGAGCUGAUACCAUGGCUGUGGAAAGAUCUGGAAUUGCUAAAGAUGUUACAGAAUUGAUUGGAAAAACCCCAUUAGUGUAUCUUAAUAAACUUACCGAUGGUUGUGUUGCUCGAGUCGCUGCCAAGCUCGAAUUGAUGGAGCCAUGCUCUAGUGUUAAAGACAGGAUUGGUUAUAGUAUGAUUGCUGAUGCAGAAGAGAAGGGGCUUAUCACACCUGGACAGAGUGUUCUCAUUGAACCAACAAGUGGAAAUACUGGCGUUGGAUUAGCCUUCAUGGCAGCAGCCAAGGGUUACAAGCUCAUAAUUACGAUGCCUGCUUCAAUGAGUCUUGAAAGAAGAAUUAUUCUGUUGGCUUUUGGAGCUGAAUUGGUUUUGACAGACCCUGCAAAGGGAAUGAAAGGAGCUGUUCAGAAAGCGGAAGAGAUAUUGGCUAAGACACCUAAUGCCUACUUACUUCAGCAAUUUGAAAACCCUGCUAAUCCCAAGAUACAUUAUGAAACUACCGGUCCAGAGAUAUGGAAAGGCACGGAUGGGAAAGUUGACGCAUUUGUAUCUGGGGUAGGUACUGGUGGAACCAUAACAGGAACUGGGAAAUAUCUCAAGGAGCAAAAUUCUAAUAUAAAGCUGAUUGGCGUGGAACCAGUGGAGAGUCCAGUGCUCUCAGGGGGAAAACCUGGUCCUCACAAGAUUCAAGGGAUUGGUGCUGGCUUUGUCCCUGGUGUCUUAGACGUUGGUCUUAUUGAUGAAAUCAUUCAAAUAUCAAGUGAUGAAGCAAUUGAAACUGCAAAGCUUCUUGCACUUAAAGAAGGCCUAUUUGUGGGAAUAUCUUCUGGAGCUGCAGCCGCUGCUGCCAUUCAGAUAGCCAAAAGGCCAGAAAAUGCUGGAAAGCUUAUUGUUGUCAUUUUUCCAAGCUUUGGGGAGAGGUACCUAUCCUCUGUGCUAUUUGAGUCAGUGAGACGUCAAGCUGAAACCAUGAUCUUUGAGCCCUGAAUUAUUGUUUCAGGCUUUGAAUUGAUUCACUUCUGUUAUUUCUUAAGAAUUUUAGUGGAAUUGACUCUCAUAGUUACUGUUGUUUUGUGAUUCUGAAACAAAACUUGCUUUAGAAUAUUUGGAUGGAAUAAAUUUGGCAUUUGAGAGUA